AUGAAUGACAACGAAAAAGAAGAGGCUGCAAAUUUGAAAGAGGAGUUUGAAUGGGUUCUUCGUGAGGAAGUUCAUGCUAUAUUACAUCAGCUCCAUUCAGUGUUAGUGGAAUGUGCACAUAGAUUCCCUGUACCAUUGUAUGGAAAUGAGGGGCAGAAGCAGGAUAAAUUUAUGCUGUCAUCACAACCUGAGCAGCUAAAAUGUAUUGUUACUUUAACAGGAGACAGUAUUACACAUGCUGAUAUUAGCUUCAAAGUCUUAAGGCAAAUGCAUACAAUAUGUAGGACAUCAAUAAAUCAGGAUGGACCUUGGAAACUCCAGCAGAUACAAGAUGCUGCUAAUCACCUACAGCAGGCUAUUGGUUAUAUAGAUAAUGUUGAUAAACAUUAUGUGUUUAGAUCGUCAGAAGAGGUAUUGCACAUCAUACAGUGUUUAAUAGGUUCAUUACAAAGAGCACGGACUGCCUUAGUCUUACCUAAGAAAAAAGCUAUUGAUGAGCUAAUGAAGAGCAGGAAUAUGAAGGCUCUAUCACCGAACCUUCCAGAAGAUUUGGCGAUAUCCUUUUACAUCCAGUCCCACAAGUUGAUCUUCGUGGCGUACCAGCUCAGUUCGGUGCACGGCACUAUGCGCAUAGACUCGUGCCAGGCGGACUGCGCGGUGCCUUGGCUCAGCGAUGUGCUGUUCAUGUUGACGGCAGCAUUGCAUAUGUGUCAGCAGCUUAAAGAUAAGCUGUGCGUCUUCUCUCAAUACAAAGACUUCACCGUUGGAUCAAGAUCUGCUUCUAUGGUAUUAAAU